GAAAUAUGCAGCUAGCAGUGUGAGCUUUUUUAUUUUUACGCGUAAAAGCUGCUGGAAAGUAAAGCAGAUUUGGAGUGCUGCUUAGACCUCGGUGCCGGGAAGUUAUUGAUUUCUGCCUGUGAAUAGUUUACAGGACCUGAGAUCGAUGGCCAGCAUCGCGGAGAUCUGGACGAUAGGGUGCUGCAACCUGCUUUCUAAGCCAGAUUUCUUACUUCUUCACGCCGAUUUAUCUGUGCUGCUGUCGCUCGUUUAUCCGUUUUGGUUCGGCUUGAGCGAACGUUAAGCUGCGUCCAAGUCGAGGAACACCAAGCGGUGGAUAUCGAUGUCUACCACUGCCCCAACUGUGAUGUCCUCCAUGGACCCUCCUUGAUGAAGAAGCGGAAGAACUGGCAUCGCCAUGACUACACGGAGCCCGGCGACGGCACGCUGCCAGUGCAGGCUGGCACGUCGGUGUUCGUGCAUCAGCUGCAGGCUCGCACCUUUCCCAGCGCGGAUGAGAUCUUCGUGCAGCUGCAGGGCAGCCAGGUGACCCAGAGGUACCUGGAGAAACAUGGAUUUCACUACCCCAUCAUGGUGGCCAAACUGGACGGGCUGGGACUGAAGGUGCCGAGCGCGGACUUCACCGUCAGGGAUGUGGAGGAGUACGUUGGUGGAGAUAAAGUCAUUGAUGUCAUUGACGUGGCCAGACAGGCAGACAGCAAAAUAAAACUGGGCGAGUUUGUGAAAUACUUCUGCAGUCCCCAUCGGCCAAAGGUGCUGAACGUCAUUAGCCUGGAGUUUUCUGACACCAAGAUGGCAGAGCUGGUGGAGGUGCCGGACGUUGCCCAGAAGAUGUCCUGGGUGGAGAACUACUGGCCCGACGACUCCUUCUUUCCCAAGCCCUUUGUGCAGAAGUACUGCCUGAUGGGGGUGAAGGACAGCUACACGGACUUCCACAUAGACUUCGGGGGCACGUCCGUGUGGUACCACGUACUCUGGGGAGAAAAAAUUUUUUACUUGAUUGAACCGACACAAGCGAACCUUGCACUGUAUGAGGAGUGGAGCUCCUCCCCCAACCAGAGCGAAGUCUUCUUCGGGGAGAAGGUGGACAAGUGCUAUAAGUGUGUGGUGCAGCGGGGAACCACCCUCCUCAUCCCCACAGGCUGGAUCCACGCUGUUCUUACCUCUCAGGAUUGCAUGGCCUUUGGGGGAAACUUCCUUCACAACCUUAACAUCGGCAUGCAGCUCAGGUGCUAUGAGAUGGAGCGACGGCUAAAGACCCCAGAGCUUUUCAAGUUCCCCUACUUUGAGGCCAUCUGCUGGUACGUGGCCAAAAACCUGCUGGAGACCCUUAAAGAAUUACGGGAGGACAACUGCCAGCCUCCAUCUUACCUUAUGGAUGGAGUAAAAGCUUUAAUCACUGCGCUGAGGAACUGGAUAAAGAGGGAGGUCACAGAGUCAACCAGUGAGGUUCCCGAUCACAUCAGACCCAACCAUCUCAUUAAGGAACUGACCAAGGAGGUACGCUACCAGGAGGAUGAGCAGGUAGGUGGCGGCUUCAAGACAAGCAAACCUCAGGGGAGCGGCACGUGCCCUGUGACACGCUCGACAGGAGAGCGGGGCUCUCGGGCGCGCAGGACCGCCCGGCGACUGCGGGACCACGGCGGUUCCAAGACGCCCUCCAGCCUAGACGUCUUGGAGCUGCAUACGCGGGAGGUGCUGCGGAGGUUGGAGGUGGCCCCUUUCCAGGAGGAUUUUGCCAUCUGCUCCAAGGUGAAGGGGAAGUUCAACAAGGCCUCCACGGUGUCCACGGCCGCCGCCGAGAAGUGCAUGGAGAACAACCUGCGCUUGGUGAUGUGUAAUGGACAGAUCAUCAAAGAUGAGAGGCGUCACGUCACAGCGAAGAGCUUAGGGGCACCGCAAAGCGAGAGGCCGGCGAACCAGCAAAAGGAUGAAGCCAAGAUCAAGAUGGAGGCCGCCGAGUUGGGGCAGGAAACACCCGGCGCCGUCAGGAAGGAAGCAGAGGCUGGCCGCCUUGGUGACAUUUUGGAAAGCGUCAGAUCAGAACUCAGGAAUGAACUGUCAGGACACUCGGAUCUUUCGGACUCCGCGUCCGACAGCAGCUGUGCACAGCGAAAGGACUCCUCAGAGGAGUCUUCAGAAAGCUCGGCGGAGGAGGAGGAGGAGUGCCAGGCAGAUUCCUCCCCAGGCAAGAUGCGGGGUGGUUCGAGGGGCAUAGCGGACCUGUACCAAGCCAGCCAGAGGCUUCACCAUCAAGACAAGCUUCUCAAAAGGGAACGCCCCACCUCACCAAGCACGGAAGAAGCCAUUGAGGGCAUGUUGUCCAUGGCAGGCUUACUGUGCCCCAAGCCUGAAGUGGGCGCCACCUUGCAGGAACCCUGGUGGUCAAGCCCAACUCACGGCUCACCUGAGUGUGACGGAGUAGAGCUCGUCUCUGAAGGGGAGAGUCAGGGUGACUCUGACAGUAACUCCACCUUUAACCAUCAGGAUGAGCUCCGACCCCACAAACACAGUGGAGAAUCCUGGGCGGACAGCUCCACCCCCCUGCACCAGGAUGACUGUUACCAGUACACUGAGAUCUCACUGUCGCCCCCACUGCACCCCUCCAAGAGGUCCACCUGCAACCCCCCGCCCGUCAGUAACCAGGCCACGAAAGGUAAGCGACCCAAGAAGGGCAUGGCGACUGCCAAGCAACGGCUGGGCAAGAUCCUGAAGCUGAACCGGCAGAGUCGCUUCUUCGUGUAGCGGAUCAGAAAGACUGUUCCCAGCCCACCCCACACCUCCACCCUCUCCCAGUCUUCCCAGUCUGACUGUUACGGGUUAUGUUACUAUGGGAUCUGGGGCUACGUGUGCAGGUAGACGCCCCCCCCCCCCCCCCCCCUUCCCCUCACUCGGGUCUCAGGGUACAGCAUUCCUAUACUGUUCCUUCACAAAGACAGGAAGGCGCAUGGACCUGACGCGGAUUGCUUGCUGUGGAAUCGCUGGGACUCCAUCUCCGUCUCUGACGUCACAGAGGCCCGUUGUGGGCCCAGGCGGCUCGGGGGACCAGGGAGGGGGGGCAGCUAAAACGCAGAGAAAGCCUCUGGGUCACAUGGUUACCUGGGUCCGAUGUGCCGAGCUGAGAGUACACUAAUGACUGUAGGAGGACCCUGCUUUUACUUCCGAGUCACUCAUUCUUUUUUUCCCCUGGUGUUCUUCCACUUCUUGGGCCGCUCUCAUCUGCUGUCCCCAUCUAGCAGUGUGGACCCCCCCCUUUAUUUUAAAAUAUAGGAUUGUAGAACAACAAAGGUGCAGAGACAAACUGCUGUUUGAAAUGGUGCUCAAGGUUGCAUAUACCUCCGUCCCCUUGAUCCCCUCCUCCCCGGUCCAUUCGUACCAGCAAUAACGUGGGUGAAGAUGUGGACAGAACUCGUAUUUCCUUGGGUCUCCAGUUUUCCGGAGGCUCACAGUCCAGUACAGAGCUGUUCAAUUAAUUGCCGUCAUUGCAGCUUUUCAGGGAAUGUUCUUGUGGCCACCCUGCAUCGCCGUAUUCAGUUCAUCGUGAUCCGGUGAUUUUUCUGCCUGCUCUGCUCUCCAGAGUACGAUCCCUCCAAAUAUCUCACAUAUCAAUCAGACGAGCUGAGUUUGCAGCUCCUACUUUUAUAAUGGUUUGAGAUAACUGAAAGUCAUUUCUAUACUUUUUUUUCAUACACAAAAUGUAUUAAUACCUCAAAAAUACAGUAACCAUCCUCAUAAAUGUUCAGCAUCAAGGAACGCCGGUUUCUUUGUCGCCAUCUAUUGGAGGGAGGAAGACCUGCAGUUUGAGAAUGCUGCUGUCUGCCGGAAAAUGUUUCUCAAAGGACAAAAAAAGUUUACUGAAGCAUUAAAUGUACAGGGAAAAAUCCCACUUAAUUUAUUUUGUAUUUCCGUUGGCAUUGUUUUAUGACUUUUGAAUGGUGUAUUUAUUAUUGAAAGUUGAAUAACUGUUUUGUUUGAAUGUGAAGACACCUGUGUACAGUUUGAUGCAAAGGACUGAUUUUGUUUUUAUCAGUCCACAUGAUUUUGUACUCGAGCUUUUGAAGAGGAAGCUCGCCGCGCGGCUAUCCGUUUGACACUACUGCUGGUCUUCUGGCUUUCGUGGUUUCCUUCUCAGUUGCUAGUCACUGUUAGCUUUAGCUUUUGUACAAACUGAAGUUUGAAGUCCCUAGUUCAUGUUGCUUUGCUGACGUGCUGUACUAUCUCCGUCCCUGCGUCUGUGGUGAGCCUGCAGCGUUCUCGCUAACGGCUGGGUUGUGAACCUGUGUGCCGAGUAUCUCUUCCCUCCUUGUAGGACAGUUUUGGUUGUCCAUGACUGUUUUAGCCAACAUGAUUGUUUUCAUGCUGUUGUCUGCCCCAUCCCCCCCCCUCCCCGUGCAUCUCAGACCUUCAUCCUGUCCACACUAAUCGCUUUAUUAUACUUAUUACUUUUUCCCCCAACCCUUGGCUUUAAGAUGCCAUCAGCUUUAGAUGGCGAUUUUGUGAGGCUUGUAAGUUAAAUUCCCUGCUUCCCAUGUUGGUUUUUUUUUAAUACCCUCAGUGACCUCAGGUAAAAGUUUACAGCUCUUCUACUGCAAAACCUGCCAUGUUUCGCGUUCUUGGGGCACUGAGCCAGUCUUUCUCAGGGACCGACACCGCUGUCGCUAGCAUUAGCUUCUUGCUCUCUCUGUGAAGGUAAUCUUCAGACAUUAGUUUGUGUGGGAAUUGAAGAGCACCCUAUUGUCCUUGUCGCCGAUCCGCUCAUCCCUAAUCCCUGCCGAUGCCUGCAGAAUUUCUCCCCUCCUCGGUCAUCGUAAACACCAGCACAGACCAGCACGGCAGACCGUACCUCUCUGCCAUCCAUUGCUUUUGCCUGCUAAUGCUACUUCUAGGCCCAAAGUGAGUGUGAAUGGGGAUUGACGUCUGCCUGCGCUACACGAUUCCGAUAACGAACUAUUUUUAUUAAUUAUUUAAGGAGUGCUGCAGGAAGUUGAAAAGGUUGUUUUUAUGUCAUGGUGACUGCUGUCGAAUCUGAGCGUCUGAACUUAAAGCACAGGGUAAAACCAACAAGCGAGGCCUUACAUGAUGUCAGGACGACAUUACUACCUUUAGCGCAAGUUUCCCAGGUUGCUCCGCUGGUACCUUUUCAAUCAUGUCUGACUGGAAAGCAGAAUUCCAGGUCUCUCCCAGUCUACACACGACCUCCAAGUAGCCAAAAGUGCAAUUUGCUUAUCCAGGUGACCAACACUAGUGGAAAUCUUGGCCCUAAAGUUUCUACUUUUUGGUUUUUCUGCAUGUUUGUUCCUCCCUCUGUCAGAUUGAUAAAAAAAAAAAGCUGCCACUAUGUCUUUAUUCUUUGGCUUUUUGUUUCCAUAACAACCACAUAUGAUCAGGCGCCAAUCUUUUAAAUUAUAAUUGGCAGAGUCUGUCUUAUGCAGUGCUAUGAAUUGUACAGUAUUUGCCUAUUGUAUUUUUUGAUAAACUUAAAUUUGCAGUUUACCCAACCAUAAUUUCCUCCAUUCACUCAGCUGUAAAAGGUAUUUUUUGUCUUGCAGUUCUUCACUGUUUCAGUGUAUUUAUACACAUUAAUUUCUGAAUUAAAAUGGCUUGUAAAUAUUAAAAUAGUUCUAACAGUU